ACGUCACGAAAAUACGGCCUGCUAAAAACACCAAACAUCUUGUUUACUUUUAACUAGCAGAAAACAAGUCAGAGCGACCGUCAAAAAUUACCCGAAGCCAGCAGUCUGCCCGGCCUGUCUUGGCUUGACUCUGCGCAGUUGAUUUUGUUUUAUUUAUUUUUAUUAUUAAAAGGGUAUUUUGAGAUUGCAAGCUACUGAUAAUAGGAUAACUUUUGAAAAAAUGAAGCGAGCUGAGAGAGGUAAGAAUCGAAGUAGAGGUGGUUACAGAAAAAGGGGCCAGUCAGCACAACAGGAUCGGAGCAGAGGGAAGUUUGAAGUAACUGAUGAGGAUACAAGUAACAUUGUUCAAAUGUCCCAAUUGCACAUUGAAUCCAGUGAGGAUAGUGACGAUAGCUCCUCAGAUGAACAGGCAACAUAUCACGAUGAAGUAUUACCUGGAUUGGAAAGAGUUGAUAAAGCACCCUUUCCCGUUGCCAUGUGGGAUAUGGACCAGUGUGAUCCCCGUAAGUGUUCUGGACGCAAACUAGCUCGGUUCGGUUUAAUACGAACCUUGAAACUGAAUCAAAAAUUUGGUGGUAUUACUUUGACACCUGUUGGCCAGAAAUGUGUGUCCAUGGAAGACCGUGAGAUAGUUGCUCAACAUGGAGCAUGUGUUGUAGAUUGCUCUUGGGCAAAACUUGAAGAAACUCCCUUCGCUAAAAUGCGAACACCGUUUCCUCGUCUGUUACCCUUUCUAGUGGCAGCAAACCCCAUUAACUAUGGAAAGCCAUGUCAACUGUCAUGUGUUGAAGCCUUGGCAGCUACAUUUUAUCUAACAGGAUUUAAAAGUGAGGCUAUGCUUUAUUUGAGUAAAUUUAAAUGGGGAAAAUCCUUUAUCUCUGUAAACAAGGAAAUCCUUGAUAUAUAUGCAUCUUGUAAAAAUAGUGCUGAAGUUGUAGCAGCCCAAAACUCUUACCUUGAGCGUGUUCAGCAGGAAAGAAGAGACCGAAGAGACUUCCCAUCAAGCAGUUCUGAUGAGACAUCAGAAAGUGAGGAAGAAGAACAGAGUGACCCAGCAAAGCAAGGAGAGGACCAGAAGCAGCAACAAGAUAAGCCGAUGAGCAUGGCAGAAGAGACUGAACAGGCCCCUUCUUAGAGUAGGCAAGCAGAUUGAAAUACAGAUAAUUUUUCUCGUCAAUAA